GCUGCUAAGGAUUUAAUACUAUUAGCUGAAGAUACUAUUAGAUUGUUUGAUAAGAUUAAUAAAAAGAUUCUUUCAAUAUGCCAAAAAGAGGAGUAUGAUCAACUUAGUAAGAGUAUAAUAACCAAGCAAGAUUCAGCAAAAUUAGAUAAUUGGAAAAACAUUGUUGAUUUGGCAAAAUAUCUAAUCCUACAACAAAAAGACAAGUUGUAUAAAUUAAGAAUUGAUCAUAAAUGGCAACUUCACAGUGCCAAGGCUUCUAAACAAUUUAAGCAUGAUAUUGAGACUGAGUCUUUUAUAGGAAAUUUAUUAAAUAGUGAUUUGUAUGAAACAUUGGUCAAAGCGGAUUCUUUUUUAACUGAUACGCAAAAAGAUCAACUUUAUACAAUUUGCAGAGAACAGAUUAGCAGGCUUACAAAUAAGAUUUACGAUAAUUUAAAGAAUAGCAUUAGAAAUGAUCAUGUAACCAGUAGGCUUGAAGAUAAGGAUCAGAAUGAUGUUCAAAUUCAAGAUAUUAGAGAGAAUUUUCUAACCAAUAGAACGAAUUGGAUCCAAGAGUUAGAAAAUCCAGUUGAUAAACCUAAACGACCUAAUGCUGAAAGUAAUGAUGAGCUGUUCCUAACUCGAAUGCCUGAUAAUACAAACGAGAGAAGAAAU